AUGGCGUUCCAACAUCUCAAACCUGCUCAGCGAGCUGACGCAGAUUCAAGAAGGGACCUCAUAUCUUCAUUAGAUGUCAUAACUCGAAGAAAAAUCCAGAAUCGUCUCAACCAACGUGCCAGUCGACAGAGAAAGGCCAUCCAAUCCGGAAGGAACCCAUACCAUCCGAAGCAAAAAUGGGUCUAUUACAUUGAAACGGCCAAGAUCACUGACCCAAGCCCGAUAACGAAUGAUAAAGUUGCCACCAAAGAGCCAUCCUCAGAGACGGAGCAAGAGAUAGUUCGCUUCUGCGAAGCAGACAAAAACCAACGGCACGAGUACCUGAACAAACUCUUAACAGAAGUCCAAAAUGGCGCCACAAAAAAUCUUUACUCGGCCACUUUGCUCCUUUCCGUGACUCAGUUGAAUGUUAUCCGCGCGAUGUACUCCAAUGCCACAAGCUUAGGUCUCACCGCCGACUUGCUUGAAGAAGACAUUGCAUCCCAAUUCAACAUAGUCGGUCCUUUGGCACUGCCUUUACCUCCCAGCUUGCAACCAACUUCCUCACAGAAAAAGAUCAUACAUCACCCGUGGAUUGACCUGAUCCCAAUGGGUUCCCUUCGCAAUGCUCUUUUGGGAUCAAUGUACCGGUAUGACGAUGAGGAACUUUGCGGAGAUCUAUUUGGACUUUGCGGUGCCUCUAGGGAAGUUGGGCUUUUUAUUUGGGGCGAAGCAUGGGAUCCGUCGGCAUACGAAGCUUCAGAAAAGUUUGUUCAGAAGUGGAGUUGGAUUUUGGAAGACUGUCCAGAUAUCUUGGAAUCAACAAACUACUGGAGAAGCAAAAGGGGAGAGAGGCCUUUGCGACUUCAGUUCUCGAGAGGAGAAGUACCUAAAUUCAGCGAAGCCUCAUGUAAAUAG